AUGGGUUUGGAACUUCAAACGAUAGCUUUAACUGGUCACGGAAUGGAACGUAAAUUAAAUGUAAAUGAAUCUUUUAUCAAAUUUUUACCAACUGUACCAUAUAUGGAAAUCCAAGAACGUGAAUUUACAAUCGAAAAUAAUUGCGAAUAUCCAAUAGAAUUUUUUUGGCAUCAUCUCGAUAAUCGAUUCAUACACGAAGAUCGCAUUGCUAAGAUACUUACUCGCUAUUACGAUGUUGAGGAAAUCCUCUUACCACUUAGGAAACUUGCAGAAGGGAUCCCAGUUAUAUUAAUUGAAUUCUAUAAUGAUUUAGUCAAUGAGAUAAUCAAAGAACAAAAAUCUGACGAGAUAAAUGACAUAGAGGAAGAAGAAGUUCUAAAUAAAGAGAUCGAUAAAGAGACGAUCACAAAGAAAAAAAAGAAGCAAGUAAACUCACAGUUAGGUGAUUUAGGUUUGAAAUUGAAACUUCGUAAAGUAUCUAAUUUGAAAAAAAAACAAUCAUCAUUGAACAGUUCCGUUAUUUCAUGGGACACAAAAAGGGAUCAUGCAUCGAUGAUCAAUGAUGAAUUAUUCUUAUCAUCGGCUAUAAAUGAUCCAAUGAAAAUUGAGAAAUUGCUUCUUGAUCACAUAAGUAAUUUGCAUAAAGAUCCAAAUUUUCAUGAGAUAAUGAGGGAUCCAAUAAAAUGUUUGUUCGAUGAACUUGAACUCCAAUCCACGUUGACAGAAAGGUUGGAAGAAUUAGAGGAACCAGAAAAAAAAGUUUGCAUUAUCUUUCACGGUGCACCUUUUACGGCUUACCAGGAAACGGCAUGCAGAAGUGCCAGAGCAUUAGGGAUUCCCGUGCUUUCUAUAGACACGGCUAUUUUAGAAAUAGCAGCUUUUAGUAAGAGCGAGUGUUCGGUCAAACUUAGACAAGCUAUCAAUGAGACUUAUCAGAAUUAUACUACCAAAUUUUCUGAAUACAAAAAUCAAAUUCUUGCUGAUAAAUUGGAAACGACGCGUACGCAAAAGUCACGAUCUUCGCGAAAGAAAAAACAAUCUGGUGAAACACCAAGAACAAUGGAAACACCGAGAUCCGAUAAACGUGACGAAGAUUUAAGAGAUGAGGAAAGAUUUUUACGUUGGACCGACGAACCUGAUCCUUUUGAAUCGUACAACAAAUUAUCACUCAAUGAGGAAACAUUAAUUUCAAUGGAUGUUUUCAGUCAAUACGAACAUAAAUUACAAGCUAUUAAAUUAUUGGAAAAAAUUCUUUCAAAAACGAUAAUCACUGAUCCCGUAAAGGAUAAAACAAGCUUUCGAGAAAGUGACAAAAGUAGUAAAAAAAAACAAAAAAGUAAUUUUUUCGAAAUUGGUUCGGAUAUAUUAUCUGAAGCAUUAAGGGAAAGAUUAUCUGAAAAAGAUUUCGAAAAAGGUUUCAUUUUGCAAACUCUCCGUAAUUGUUUUAUUUGCGACGAGAUCAAAACUUUAAAUAUUUUACUCGAUGUCGUCGGUCAUGUAGAAUUUUUUCUUUUCAUUACCUUUUACAAUUCCAGAUCGAUGAGAUGUCACUGUCCGAUUACGAUCAACUUUCCGAGGAAGAUAAAAAUAUGUAUCUUGAAGCAAUCUUGCCAAUAA